UCGGGCGCUCAGACGCAGGCAGGACAGCGAGGAGCUCGACGGCGCUCUGAACACAUGAACGACAGCAGUUUGGGAUAUCUUGCUUCUUUGUCCUCUCACCGACGGACGUGACACCGUUAAAGACUUGCUGAAGUCAGGGGCUGCAACAAUGAUCUCACGAUACAAACCGAGCCCCGGAUCCAUCAUGUCCUUGGCUUUCUGUGGGAGUGAGAACAACUCAUCGGCCUACAAUGUGGACAGGGGCGUUCUCAACAACGGCUGCUUCCUGGAUGCACUCAACGUGGUCCCACAUGUUUUUCUCCUCUUCAUCACUUUUCCCAUCCUCUUCAUUGGUUGGGGCAGCCAGAGUUCAAAGGUUCACAUCCAUCACAGCACCUGGCUUCACUUUCCUGGACACAACCUGCGCUGGCUCCUCACCUUCGUCCUGCUCUUCAUCCUCGUCUGUGAGAUUGCAGAAGGCAUCGUCUCCGACGGGUUCACCGUGUCUCUCCAUCUUCAUUUGUACAUGCCUGCAGCUCUGGCCUUCAUGGCUGGCAUCACAUCGAUUGUCUACUAUCACAACAUCGAGACCUCCAACUUCCCGAAACUGCUUUUAGCCCUGCUGAUCUACUGGGUGCUGGCGUUCAUCAUGAAGACCAUCAAGUUCGCAAAGUACACCGAGCACGGCAUCGGCCCCAGGCAGCUCCGCUACUGCAUCACUGGACUUCUGGCGCUGCUUUAUGGACUUCUACUGGCUGUGGAGAUCAACGUCAUCCUAGGGAGGCGCUACAUGUGUUUCGCCAAUCCGACAGAUGUGAAGCCCCCGGAAGACCUCCAGGACCUCGGCGUUCGUUUCCUGCAGCCGUUUGUCAACUUGCUGUCUAAAGCCACCUACUGGUGGAUGAACACGUUCAUCACGUCGGCUCACAGGCGGCCCAUUGACCUGAAGGGCAUCGGCAAACUCCCCAUCGCCAUGCGGGCGCUCACCAACUACAUAAAGCUCCGCCAGGAAUUUGAAGAGCAGAAGAAGUCUCAGGACACUGCACCUCAAGGCCCGAAGUGGAUCUGGCUGGCUUUGAGGAAAGCUUUCGGCAGACCUCUCAUCCUCAGCAUCACGUUCCGCAUCAUGGCUGACCUGCUGGGCUUCGCCGGCCCGCUCUGCAUCUCUGGCAUCGUUCACCACAUCAGCAAAGACAAUCGUACCAUCCAGCAACCAAUGAAGCUUUUUGGCAUCUAUUUCAUUUCAUCCCAAGAAUUCCUGGAGAAUGCGUACGUGUUGGCAGUGCUGCUCUUCAUCACUCUCCUCCUGCAGAGGACCUUCCUCCAGGCUUCCUACUACGUCGCCAUCGAAACUGGAAUCAACCUGCGAGGAGCCAUACAGACAAAAAUCUACAACAAAAUCUUGCGCCUGUGCACUUCCAACAUGUCCAUGGGAGAACUCACCGUCGCUCAGAUUUGUAACCUGGUUGCCAUAGAUACCAACCAGCUCAUGUGGUUCUUCUUCCUCUGUCCUAACCUGUGGGCCAUGCCAGUGCAGAUCAUUCUGGGGGUGAUCCUCCUCUACUACCUCUUGGGAAUCAGUGCCUUGAUUGGAGCCACCGUCAUCGCCGUGUUAGCUCCUGUUCAAUACUUUGUAGCCACAAAGCUGUCACAAACACAAAAGAAUACCCUGGAAUACUCCAGCGAGCGUCUGAAAAAGACAAACGAGCUUCUCCGUGGCAUCAAGCUGCUGAAGCUGUACGCCUGGGAGCACAUCUUCCGAGACAGCGUGGAGGAGACGAGGGGCAAGGAGCUCACCAGCCUGCAGGCCUUUGCCCUGUACACAUCAAUAUCCAUUUUCAUGAAUGCAGCUAUCCCGAUUGCAGCUGUGCUGACGACCUUUGUGGUUCACGUCCAUAUUUCAGAGGACGCUGACCUGUCCCCGGCCGUGGCCUUCGCCUCCCUGUCUCUCUUCCACAUCCUGGUCACCCCGCUCUUCCUCCUCUCCAGCGUGGUGCGCUCCACUGUCAAGGCCCUCGUGAGUGUUCAGAAGCUCAGCGAGUUUUUCUCAAGCGAUGAGAUCGGAGAAGAACAGGAGCCCAAAGCGACCGUGUCGUCUGGCUGCAGUAACCACAACCAGAACAGAUACCAGGCAGUGCCACUGAAGGUGGUGAACCGGAAGCGCCCUCCGAGGGACGAGUGGAACAACUACAGCUCACAGGGCGACCAGGAGGGCGACGGGCCUUCGCAGGAGGUGGACCAAGACAUCUGCAUCAAGAUAAGUAGUGGUUAUUUCACCUGGACAGAUGGACCACCAACACUGUCGAAUGUGGACAUUAAGAUUCCCUUUGGAAAGCUGACCAUGAUUGUGGGUCAGGUAGGCUGUGGGAAGUCAUCUCUCCUGCUGGCAGCACUGGGAGAAAUGCAGAGAGUCUCUGGAACAGUCAUCUGGAACAGUAUGCCCAUCAUUGAAUCUGAAGGCAAUGAAAGUCCCACAGACAGAGAUGCGGCGGCAGGGGACCAAGACAUCAGGAAAAGGUGCCCUGUGGCCUACGCUUCCCAGAAGCCCUGGCUGCUGAACUCCUCUGUGGUGGAGAACAUCACCUUUGAGAUGCCAAUGAUAAAAUCAAGAUACAAAGCUGUCAUCGAGGCCUGCUCCCUUCAGCCUGACAUCGACAUCCUUCCACAAGGAGACCAGACAGAGAUCGGUGAGCGGGGUAUCAUCUUAUCAGGGGGACAGAAACAACGGAUCAGCGUGGCCAGAGCCUUGUACCAGCAGACCAACGUUGUCUUUCUGGAUGACCCAUUUUCUGCUUUAGACAUCCAUCUGAGUGACCAUCUGAUGCAGGAUGGCAUCCUGAAACUGCUGAGGGAGGAGAAGAGGACAGUGGUGCUAGUCACACACAAACUGCAGUAUCUACCACAUGCGGACUGGAUUAUAGCCAUGAAAGAUGGGACGAUCCAGACUGAAGGGACUCUGAAGGAUAUCCAGAACUCUGAAACAGAACUCUUCAGUCAGUGGAAGAGCUUGAUGCACAGGCAGGACCGGGAGUUUAAGACGGAAACUGUUGCAGAGAACAUGACGGAUCUGGAGAGGAAAAGCCUGCGGAGGGCCAUGUACUCCAGAGAAGCUCUGAGGAUGGAGGAGGACGAGGAAGAGGAAUCCUUGGACAGCGAAGAUGACGACAAUCUGUCGCAGGUGAUGCGUCAGCGAGCCACCCUCCCCUGGCGCUCCUGUGGUACCUACCUGUCCUCCGCCGGCCUCCUCCUCCUCACUCUGCUCCUCCUCUCACAGCUCCUAAAACACUCCCUCAUGGUCGCCAUCGACUACUGGCUGGCGCACUGGACGUCACACGUCAUCACGGCCAAGAUAGACGCCUCGGUUCACAACUGCACCCUCGUUAAGGACUGUGGCUUCAGCCACUCGUGGUAUCUGUCUGUGUUUAGCGUGCUCUGCUGCCUCGGCAUCGUCCUCUGUCUCGUCACCUCUGUGACCGUGGAGUGGACGGGCCUCAAAGUGGCCAAGGAGCUCCACCACAACCUGCUCAACAAGAUCAUACUGGCCCCCAUGAGGCUGUUUGAGACGACCCCGCUCGGCAGCAUCCUCAACCGGUUUUCCACGGACACAAACACAAUCGACCAGCACAUCCCCACCACCCUGGAGUGUCUGUCCCGCUCCACCCUGCUGUGUCUCUCCGCCCUGGGCGUCAUCUCUUAUGUGACGCCCGUUUUCCUCAUCGCCCUGCUGCCGCUGGCUGUCGCCUGCUACUUCAUCCAGAAAUACUUUCGAGUGGCUUCAAGGGACCUGCAGCAGCUGGAGGAUGCAACCCAACUGCCUUUACUAUCCCACUUCUCUGAGACAGUAGAGGGGCUCAGCACGAUAAGGGCUCUCAGAUACGAGCCCAGGUUCAGACAGAGGCUGCUGCAGUUCACCGACGCCAACAACAUCGCCUCGCUCUUCCUCACGGCCGCCAACCGCUGGCUGGAGGUCCGAAUGGAGUACGUUGGAGCCUGUGUGGUUCUGGUGGCAGCGGUGGCCUCAAUCACCAACGCUCUGUACAACCAGCUGCCCCCCGGACUGGUGGGGCUCGGACUCACAUACGCUCUCAUGGUGUCCAACUACAUGAACUGGAUGGUGAGGAACUUGGCAGACAUGGAGGUGCAGCUUGGUUCAGUCAAGAGGAUUAAUGGCCUGCUCAAAACUGAACAGGAGAAUUACGAGGGACUCCUCAGCGUGUCUCAGGUGCCCGAUGGUUGGCCUCGACAAGGAGAAAUAAAGAUCCAGAAUCUGAGCGUGCGCUACGACACAACGCUGAAACCUGUGCUCAAAAAUGUCAACGCACAUGUGCAUCCUGGUCAGAAGGUGAGAAGAGCCGCUGCCUGCAGAAGCCUCUUCUCUGACCUGAGCGUUUCUCAUGCUGAACUGUGUUUUUCCUGUUUCGCAGGGCGGAUUGUGAUUGACAACAUCGACAUCUCCAAGCUGCCUCUGCAGACCCUCAGGUCCCGGCUGUCCAUCAUCCUUCAAGACCCCUUCCUGUUCAGUGGCACCAUCCGGUUCAACCUGGACCCAGAGAUGAAGGUGACAGAUGAGAUGUUGUGGGAAGCUCUGGAGAUCGCCCAGCUGAAGCCUGUCGUCAAAACCUUGCCAGGAGGUCUGGACGCCAUGGUGACGGAGGGAGGAGAGAACUUCAGCCAGGGUCAGCGACAGCUCUUCUGUCUGGCCAGAGCCUUUGUGAGGAAGAGCAGCAUCCUCAUCAUGGACGAAGCCACGGCCUCCAUUGACAUGGCGACGGAGAGCAUCCUGCAGAAAGUGGUGAUGACCUCUUUUGCUGACCGGACAGUAGUAACUAUAGCACAUCGAGUCCACACCAUCCUGAACGCUGACCUGGUGAUUGUGAUGAAGCGGGGGAUCAUCCUGGAGUACGACACACCCCAGGCCCUGCUUAACAGAGAGGACAGCGUCUUCACCUCCUUCGUUCGAGCGGACAAGUAGAGGAAGCGGCACGAGAAGAGGAAAAGCUUCGGAAGCGUCAAAGGAAGACAUUCAAAGUGCAAUUGUCCCACGGAAUAUCUAUAGCCUAUUCCUCUUAUUUUUUAAUCAUGCUGUAUUAUAUUUGUACAUAAAAAUAACUGAUUCUUUGUUAAUAAAACAUAAAUUAU